AUUAUCUAUGGAAAAUCCAAAAUACGAUCAUUAUUCAAUCAGGGUACAGAAGUACCUUGAAUCAAGCACAAAGUACACAUCAAUUCCCGGGUCCUUUUCAGGGCAAAUCCUAUGAUGAAUCCACUGCCAAUUAAACGUGUCUUCUCCACAAUAUAUAUAUCGUGCAGAAGCUGCCAUGCGCGCCUUAGAUAUCACAUUAGCCAUUAUCCAAUAAGAGUAAUGCAAACACAUAGCAUUAGUCUCAACGCUGUACUAGGGCACAUUGUAUGCCUCGUACUCUGGACUGCGGGAUAUUCUAGCCUCACUCUGCGCCUCGGCUUCGUGCUCGGCUUCUUGAGUUCGGGACGAUUAAAGGCCUAGGCUGCAUCGAAUAGCUUCACUUCUACAUUCGGUGUCAUCCACCAGACAGUUCAUAUAUAUUUUACAGCGAGCCCGUUGAACUGCAAGGUACCU